UGCACUCGGGAGGAUGACAGCAGCCGCUGCCUCAGCGCUCCUCCCGCCUGCAGCAGCAGAGCCGCCCGGGCCGGCCCGCGGGUCCCGGCCGUCCCCGCCCUCUGCCCCGCUCGGUUCUUACGGGAAUCCUUCCCACCGCCUCCCGGGCCCUGUUCGUGGGCAGAGACCGCAUAAACUCAGUUCCGAACUGAUCGCUGGGGAAAUCCCCCCGAGUGUUUUAGGGAGAAGGCCCUCGGCGGCUGCGGUUGCGUUUUGGGAGGAGGGGGUGGCUGCGAGCUCCCGUCAGCGAUCCCCUUCUGGCGGGGCUUCUCUGCGCUGGUGGGAGCUGAUGGGGAGCAGUGCCUUGCGCUGGUGGUUUUCUGAUGUCUGCAUUUCUUCCUUAAAAGUCAGCUGAGGAUGCAAUUAGACAGUUUUUGUAUCAGGCUGCUCUCUUGGCUUGUACAUGCUGAAAAAGAUAGAUUUAUGUCUUUUAAAAACGAGUCUUUAUUUCCCAUGUAUAUCUACUUUCAGUAUCUUUAAUUCAAAAUCUCAGCGUUUUAGCAUGAUGCAGAAGCAGGCUUUCCUUCAUCAUUCAGAGUAACAUGAGUAGAGCAGCAAAGUGAGUGACAGCUCAUUUCCACCCGGGUAACUGUUAACAACAUAAAGAUUGUUUUGUUUUAAAACAUCUCCUUUUUAACCUCAGUGCCCGGUUUUACCUUCAUGUAGCUAUGAAACAAACACUGCAAACUUGGCCAGUUGUGUCACUGUGGAUUACAGCAUCUUGAAGCUCAAGCUAAUGAGUCUGAGGGACUGAAAAACUGAUUUUUUUUUUUUGAACAAUUUUUUCAUUUUCUUUUUAGUAGUUAUUUCAGUAUUUCAGGAGAAAUACUUACGCCUCCCCUCCCCACUGGAAUCUGAGUUGCUGUCUCAAAAAAUGUUCAGUUUGGGAAAUAGAUUCUAAAAUGAUGUAUGCAUUUCAUUCAUAGUGUUUUUCUUUCUUUUUGUGUGCGUGUGUUUUAUUUUAUUUUUAUUGCUCACGUUACUCAUCGGAUGGAGGUAACUUGUUCUUUGUAACAACGACCAAGCCUGAACAGAAGACACGAGCAUAAAUUCCUUUGUAAACCUGAAAUAAACGGGAAAAAGCAGCAAUGUCUUCUGACGUGUCUCAAUAUACAAUUGGGGGAGUGAAGAUUAUGUUCCCUUGCAAGGCUUACCCUUCGCAGCUUGCUAUGAUGAAUGCUAUUGUUAAGGGCUUAAAUAACGGGCAGCACUGUUUGUUGGAGAGCCCCACAGGAAGUGGCAAAAGCUUGGCGUUGCUUUGUUCUGCGUUAUCGUGGCAGCAGUCUCUGUAUGAGAAAUCACUGCUGAAAUCAUCAUGUGAAAAGGAGGACAGGGAGGCAGCAGCCCCGCCACCGUGUCGCUGUGUGUGUCAUUCCCGACCUGAGAGCAGCGAGGCGGCCGCAGGAGCGAGUCGUGGUGCUACGUGUUCUUCUAAUAAUUGUGAACCAGGAGGUUCUGUAAAAACUGGAAACGAACAAACAGACGCAGAAUGCAAGGAGAACAGCACCCUAGCUUCAAAAUUGUCUGCCAAAAAAAGGGCAUCUGUAUGCGGAAACGAGAGUGAUGAUUUUCAAGUAGACAGGAAAAGGAUUCGUCCUUUAGAAACAGAGCAGCAGGUUAGAAAACGUCAUUGCUUUUCAAAACAAGUGCAGCUGGUUGAUGCUUUAGAAGUUUAUAAUCAGAGAAAAAAUGGGGAACUGAUUGUUCACUCUGAAAAAAGUGUGAAAAACGCUACUACUUCUGCCCGAACCCUUUUCAGCCCUUGCACGGAGUGUUCCUGCUCUUCUGGAAAAGAAACUCGUAAAGAAGCUGGUAACGCAAAGAAGAAAGCAAAUGGAGAUCAAUCAUUCAUUCCCAAAAUAUUUUUUGGAACACGAACACACAAACAAAUAUCCCAGAUUACCAGAGAGCUGAAGAGAACAGCGUAUUCUGGUGUCCCUAUGACAAUUCUCUCUAGCCGGGAUUAUACCUGUAUUCAUCCUGUGGUGUCCAGUAGUAGUAGUAACAGGAAUGAACUGUGUGUAGAACUACUGGAAGGGAAACAUGGCAAGUCCUGUCUUUACUAUCAUGGUGUUCAUAAACUCAGUGAACACUAUGCUCUGCAUUCUGCACAUAACACAUACCAGGCUUGGGACAUUGAGGAUCUUGUGAGCCUGGGAAAGAAGCUUCGUGCCUGUCCAUACUUUGCAGCCAGAGAACUCAUGGUGGGAGCAGAUAUUGUAUUUUGUCCUUAUAAUUAUCUCCUAGACCCACAGAUACGAGAGAGUAUGGAAAUUAACCUGAAAGGCCAAGUAGUCAUUUUAGAUGAAGCCCAUAAUAUUGAGGACAGCGCUCGGGAGGCGGUGAGCUACAGUGUUACAGAAAGUCAGCUGAAUGCUGCUCGAGAAGAGCUAGAUUUCAUGGUCAAUAACAACAUCAGGCAGAAGGAUCACGAGCAGCUACGGGCUGUAUGCUACUCUUUGACAAACUGGCUACGGGAAAGCUCUAAUCAGCUGGUAGAAACAGGGUAUGAAACCUCCUGUAAGGUUUGGAGUGGAAAAGAAAUGCUCAACCAUUUGCACGAGAUGGGAAUAACCAGUACUAGUUUUCCCAUUUUACAGAAACACCUUUCUGCUGCCUUGGAAAAAGAAGAAAAAAUAUCAAUGCUUGGUAAAGAGGAACUUGUCGAGAUACCUAUCGUGAGCUCUGCCACUCAGAUUGUGCUGAAAGGGUUAUUCAUGGUUCUUGUGUGUCUUUUUAAAGAUAACAGCAGGUUUGCAGAUGAUUACAGAGUUGCUUUGCAACAAACUUACACUUGGACAAAUGAAAGCCAACCUGAUGUUUCAGAUCCAACAGCUUUCUUUACAAAGACCAAACGUAAAAGGAACUUGCGACAUAAAACUGUAGUCCACGUGCUUAAUUUCUGGUGCUUGAAUCCUGCUGUGGCUUUUUCAGACUUAAAUGAUGUCAGAACGAUUGUUCUGACGUCUGGUACGCUCUCUCCAAUGGAUUCAUUUUCUUCCGAACUUGGCGUGAAGUUUUCUAUUCAGCUGGAGGCAAAUCAUGUUAUCCGGAACUCACAGGUUUGGGUUGGCACCAUUGGAGCAGGCCCGAAUGGUCGGAAGCUGUGUGCCACGUUCCAGCAUACGGAGACCUUUGAGUUCCAGGAUGAGGUGGGAGCACUCCUGCUUUCAGUGUGUCGAACACUUGGCCAAGGAAUUUUGUGUUUUUUGCCAUCCUACAAGCUGCUGGACAAAUUGAAGGAUCGCUGGAUGCACACUGGCUUAUGGAGAAACCUGGAGCUUGUUAAGACAGUCAUUGCAGAGCCUCAAGGAGGAGCAAAAAGUGACUUCGAUGAACUGCUGAAAAUAUACUACGAUGCAAUAAAAUUUAAGGGAGAAAAAGAUGGAGCACUCCUUAUAGCUGUGUGCAGAGGAAAAGUUAGUGAAGGCUUGGAUUUCUGUGAUGAGAAUGCCCGAGCAGUUAUAACCAUAGGUAUUCCGUUUCCAAAUGUGAAAGACCUUCAGGUUGAAUUAAAGAGGAAGUACAAUGAUCAGCACAAAACUGCAAGAGGCCUUUUACCAGGGAGCCAGUGGUAUGAAAUCCAGGCUUACAGGGCACUGAACCAGGCCCUGGGAAGGUGUAUAAGACAUAGGAGUGAUUGGGGUGCCCUGAUCUUAGUUGAUGACCGCUUCCGGAAUAACCCGAACAAGUACAUAACUGGAUUAUCUAAAUGGAUUCGUCAACAAGUCCAGCAUCAUGAAAAUUUUGGUAGUGCACUUGAAUCCUUACAUGCGUUUGCUGAAAGAAACCAGAAAGGCAUUGAUUUUUCGUCACAGUGUAGCAAUGAAUUUUUCCAUGUACCUUUAAAUUCAAAAGAGCUGUCAUCAACUUCUCAGCAGGAGGCAACUAUUCACCUGUCACCAGAUGUUCCUGUUAAGAGUGAGGAGCAAAGUUUGGUCCCAGAAACUCAUUUAACUACAACCAUCAACUCAAUUAAUCCUGAACCAUCAAGUCAGCCGAGUAAUAUCACAGCAAUAAUGCAACAAAGUGGCCAGAAAGCUGAUGUAGAGAGUCAUUCUCACAAUGCAACACAAAGAAGAAAACAUAUGGACUCCACACCCAGAAGGCCUGCAACAAAAACAGAGAGAGAGAAAAAGAGUGAUCGGACUAAUUCUGAUUUUAUGAAAGAACACCGCUGCUUUAAACCACUGACUUCAACACCUUUGCCUGCAGCCACGAACUGCGUGUCCACAGCGAGCAGCAAACAAAGGGAGAAUGUGAACAGUGCUAGUGAACUUAUUGAUGGUGUAAAUCAAUGCCAGUCAUCAUUCACUUUAGGACAUAAACCAAGUGUACCAGAAUCACGUUUGGAAAUAACUAAUUUUUCAGUCAGAAAUACAGAGGCUCCAGUUGCUGAGGAGCACCUUGAUGAGCAAAAGCUUCAAAUUGAGCCCUGUAGUGAGCUUCCUUCAGCAGGAGGGAAACCUGAACUUUCAGUGUUAGACAUAUCUGCAGAAGAUGAGGAUGGGGAUGAGAGUCUCUACUUCACACCCGAACUCUAUGAUGAUGUAGAAUCAGAGGAACAGAAAACGAGACCGCUAGAUCCAGAUGAGAAUCAGAUUGAAUGUGGAAAACCCACGGUGGCCGAUGAUCUUUUUGUAAUCAACGCCUCGAAAACACUAAGUGAGACAAAAGAAACGAUUAAUGAUGAUGGCAGAAACACAAGCUUACAUGGAACAAUGCUAAAUGAUACCAGUAAGAAUAGUGCAGUUAAUAUUGAAAAGAUGACUAGUGGAAAAGAAGCAGAGCAGGUAGAAUCUCAAGAGAUGGACACCAAAAAACGGAAAAUCAGUCUUUCCAGAUCACGAAAUAAAGGAUUGAAAGUUCAGAGACAGUACAGAAGAGGAAAAGCUACUGUUAGGGCAAGUGGCAGCACCCGUGAAGGAAAGAAGGAAAACCACCAACAACCUUGCAAGAAAGGACUUUAUUGUAUUAUCUGUGGAGCAGAAAUACUACCAAAAGCAGAAGGAAUUUUGAGAAAAGCUUGGCAUGGUGAUAUUGAACGGAAAAUUAUCUUGAAACUCUUCAGAAAUACUCAUGUAAGAAGUAAGGAAUCCAUUAAUAACUGUACCUGUGAACUAGAUGUCACUUCAGAUGAUGAUAAUAUGAUGUUGGUCAUCUCAGAUGUUGCAAGUCUCAGUCAUCUUAAAGGAACUUUGAAGAUUUAUCAGACCCCAGUGAAAAGCAAAGGCACGAGUGCCAGUGUAUCUUUGAAUGCUGUUUGGAAUGAGAAGGAAUAUUCUCUGACAAGUUACUUACAGUGCAGGAACUGCCUCAUCCAGUCAAUGUCUCCGUGCCCUCUGAUAGGAGCUGAGGUUACUCAUUUCAGCAAUAAAGCACAGUCAUGGGUCUGGCUGCUCCCAUCAUCUGUUCAUUACUGCUUACUGUUACAGAACCCUCAAAAAUGGAAAACAGGCAAUUCAGAUUAUACUUUAUCUUAGAAGAUUUUGCUGAUCUCUACCACAGAUUCAUCAGGACUAAUGAGACAGAUAAGUAAAGGCUUUUGUUAUUACAUGCUAACUCCACAAAGAUACUCUGGGGUAAGCAGAGAGGUGGUACAAUCUUUGUGUGUGAGUGAUGGGGAAGAGCUACCUGGUUACAAAUUCUGGCCCCACUGAAGUCAGCAGGGGUUCUACCAUUCGCCUUCAACAAAGCAAAGGGUUUCACCAUGUGUUUAACAGGAAUACUUUGCUGGAACUGUUGUCAGCAUGCUAGUAAAUAUUCCAUUUUAAAAUUUACUUUCUUUUUCACAUUUGAAUGUUUGUUCGCCUCGCAUAUGCUUGAUGGUAAUUUGAUUAAAAAAUUUAUCUUCAAUUUCAUUUUAUUUCAGGUAGGUUUUGAAUUGGUUCAUUUUUUACUUCUUGUGCAUUUAGAGACCCCACGUGGCAAUGUCUGGGCUAAAAACACAGUAGGGGAAUGUUCACAUAUUUUGUAUUGCUGGGAUUUAAGCCGAAUUAAAGAAAAACAGAAAUGAAAACAUUUGCAUUUGUUUAUGUAAUUAAAAAAAAAUCACAUAAAGCUGGGCCCGAGCUAGCUGAGAAUAUCCCUCUAAUGAACACAAGCCUUCACCUUUUUGCAAGCACACCGUAACUGGAGAGGUGCACAUAUCAUAUCUACCAUAUCAAUGACAUUUUAGAGUAUGUAAAAAAAACACUCUAUUUGUCUUAGGAAAUAUCGAAAACUUUUAUAGGGAAUUUGGAAAAUAUUUUUUGGCCAGCAUGAAAGGUGAAAUCCUGCAGCACAAAGUACAGACAUGGGCACAGAGACUGAACAGACGGGCUGCUGUAAAACAACCAUUUAAUAAGGCAUUAAAAUGCCAUCGACUUGGACACAUAAAAAAAAAAAGCUAUGAAAACAAAUGCCUUUCAAAUAAUUAGGAUCUUAUGCUUGAGACCAGUGUUGAUCUCUAUGCAGAGAUUUUCCUGCUGAAAUCAGACCAGCCUAAGUCUGAUCGUCUAAGGAAGGAAUUAGCAGCGUAUAAAUCGGCUGCUGCUCGAGAUUUUUCUGUUUCUGCCAUACAUAACCAUUCAUUUAAAUGGCCACUUCAGACUUUCUAUCUCCUUCUUUCUGUUUCCUAGUGUAGUUUGAAACACAUUUGACUUAGUAUGCCGGAGUAAUUUUUUAAUUGAAUCUCAAAUUUUUAUCAUGAGUGUGUGAAAGGGUUGAAUUACCAGCUCCCGCCCGCACUGUGUAAGUGAAUCUGAGCCAGAUGCAGCCAGAAAUAGCAACAAAACCCAGUUCUGUUCUCCAAAAUGUAGUGUGACUUUGCUUUCACUUGAAGUAAUGUGCGUGUGUAAGGAACAACAGUAGUCAGUAGUGAUAGCUGGUGUGUAUAACACAUCAAAAAGAUAUAAGUCUAUCCUUCAAUGUCAUAAAAAAGAACUCUUCGAGAACAAUUUUAUCACCUAUAAUGUAUGCAAAUACAAAAACAAGAAGCAGAGUUGGCCAUUUGUGUCUGUGUAUUUAUUCCUGGAUCACUGUUGUCAUGGUAGUCCUUUUCUGGAUACCUCAAAAAAGCUGCACAAGUUACAGAGAGCAUGUUCAAAACAACUGCAUCAGUGAUAAUGUAGUUAACAUCAUUAAAAAAAAGAAAAAAGUAGUAAGCAAUGUUGUGCAAGAGAUGAGCAUCAAAUUCUCAGCAUUAAGCUGGAAUUUAAUAGAUUUCACAAAAGAAAUGUUUAAUGAAUAUUGCUUUUCUCGCACAAUAAAGUUACUGUUUUGAUCUCCAUUUUACUGUGCAUUAACAUCAAUAAUCUUGGAUAAAUGAAUGUAUGGUCCUUCUGUAUUUUGUCUUGUUUCCUGUUCUGUCGUUAGCCAACAGUUAACCCCUAAGGCGCAUAUUUUUCAACUUCUAAUCUUUCUUUCAGAUCUGUAAUUUCAAAUACUCUUAGAUUUUGUGUUUUUAACACAGAAUUUGACACAGAUGAGAGCCCUGUGUGUAACUCCCAUAGCCAGGCAGAAUAGGAGAUCUUUCUCUUGAUAUUAUGAUUUCUUCUAUUAAUCAGUUUUAUAUGACUUUCUGCUAGCCUAGCUUUUAAAGGUGUGAAAACUUGCACUGCAGAGGUAUUUUAUAGAUUGCAACCAUAAUUUCUGAAUAAGAUUCUAAAUAACUGGUCUGGUUAUAAAGCUUUGGGCGCAAUUUUUAGGUUCCUGGGAACUGCUGUUAAACCUCUGUUGCCAUUUGGCUAGAAGUACAUCCCAAUUAGUGACCCUUCUAUCUAGCAGUAGCAGUAUGUGAGUGAUUUUAUUUUUUUUUUUAAGUCAGUCGUAAAUGAUUAGUCCAAAAGAGUAGCAUAAAACUUCGAGCUAGUCCCCUGCAGGAGUCGGCUGGAGGAAAUUAAAGGAUCAACAACACAAGGGAAGCACUGAGGUAGGAUUGUUCCAGGCUGCAGCCACAGGCUUUCACAUGCACUCAGGAAAUUGACUUCAUCAAAAGCUGAGGAUGCAGGCGUGAGGAUGAGGAGGAUAAUGCAGGUGAUGAUUCUAAAUCAUGGCUCAAUAUCACAGCGUUUUCCAAGGGAGAGGUUCCGUCCCCGCCCUGAAAAAAGCAGGUUUUCUGUAUAAAAAUAGACUCUUCUCCUUAUGAAUUAAUAAAAGUUCAGCACAAAUCUGAGCUAUAAAUCUAAUAUAACUUUAUAAAUAAUGAAGACUCAGUUUCCCCAAAACAAUAUCAGUUGGAUGGCUUUUUUUGCACAAGGAAAACAUGACUCCUUAUGAGCUCCACUGCUCAGUUCAGAGCACUAUUGCCCUGUGCACGUUUGUGUGUUUGUGAGAGCUGUAAAACGAAGGACUCCAGAGUGCUUGGGACUUACAGGCAGGCAAGGCAUUUUCUUUAAUACUUUUAAGUAAGUUCUUACUGCAGAAAUUUGGAUAUUCUGGGUCUGUGAUGAAGCUGAAACCUUUCUAGUGGAGUUGGAAAGAGUAGCGAGAGGGGAAAUGCAUAAAUCUACAUCUGGAGCCAAGUAUGCUGGGAAGGCGUAAAGAGAUGGGGGAGCAGGAGUGCCAGAACAGGGCUGAGAGCAUGAAAUUCUGCGGGGAAAAGUGGGAGAAAGAAAGAGGAAUGUCCCAGGAAUGAAGCUCUUAUAAUGUUCAAAUCUUUCCUCGGAAGUAAAACUGUGGAAGGCUAUAAUCCAAAUAAGGAAAUUAGAACAAAAAUUAACAAUAUUCAGCUAUUCAGAUGUCAAAAGAAACAGCAGAGUUAUUGGUGUUAGAGGUUAUUGCCAGGAGGGAAAAACUCAGCAUGCCUUGGUAAUUAAGCUUCAUUGGAGAGCAUGGAUCCCUUCUCCAGGUAAGAAAUGCUUUUAUAACAUGGCAUCUUUUGCUAUUGUAAUUAAACACCAUGGACUAUUCUGCAUAUGAAGUCUUAAACACUUUAGUCCUUUAUCAUGGGAUUUUACUGGCCAGGCAUGUGUGUUCUUAUGGCAAAAAGCAUUGACUGCUAUAAAAAAAGAAACCCAAACAUUUCUUUUUAUGACUUGACUUGCUGUAUUUUUAUAUAUACUGAGCCAAAUCCAUCCCUUGUGGAGCUCAGUUGAAGCCAAUAAGGAUAGAUUUGGCCCAUGUCUAUAUGAGAAAGGUGGUGACAAUUAAAAUAUAUUGUUUAAUAAUGAGAGCUAUGGUAGUGAAGUGUCUUUGUGUCUAUGAAAUUAUACACCACGACACCACAUUGCCGGUAGAGAGUGGGGCUAGCAAAACACAUAAGAGAAGUUUCUGAUGGAAAGGCAAAGCACUCUAACUUUUAUUAUUAUGAUUAAAUAUCACAAAGGCAAGACUAAUUUAGGUAACAUCUCUAGAAGUCUCAUUUAUAGUGUAGUAUUUUGCCAUAGUGCAUUUUAAAAUAUUUCUUGAAUGUCAUUCUAUGUGGCUAUCAAGGGUAGUAUGACUGGCUGCCAUUAGCAGUAAGUAAAAGAACGGUUCUUAUUUCAUUUAUAUUUUAGUGAUUUUCAGUAAUACUGCAAAAAGGAAUGCACCCUAUUAAAUGAAAUGUGCGGACAGCCAUUAUUAUCACUUUAUAUUGGUAGUUCCCAGCGGUUCCUCUGUGUGAGGCAUUGCACCAACACGUGAAAUCCAUUGCUGAUACCCUGAAGAUCUUCAGAUUUUGCCUAUUUAGGCAGUGAGUUUUGCAAAGCUUAUUGCACAGACAACCAGGUCAUCUGUGCAAAACCAGAACAAAUGAGUUUUGUUUGGCUCCGUGACAUGGUGGGUUGCACGAAGCAACUCUUCUCUUGUAUCCCCGUUGGUAAGUUACAGCAACUUUUGUAUGCCAAAGCCUUACUGAACUGUCUACCGACUUGUAUCCCUUUACUGAAGGUAUUUGGGUAAUGGAUACUCACAGCCAGUAACCACAGCCUUAAACCCAAGCUCUUCAAGAGUGUUGCCAGAAAGCCAGGCUCAGCCGUGCUGCUCUAUAAAGAAGCCGAGUCCUUAGAGAACUCUGGCCUGUAGCAAUGGAGCCCAGGAGCAAUGGCUGAAGGCAAUCCAUUGCCCUGCUGAGCUAAUGUGCUCCAGCUGAAAAGGUACCUCUUAAAUGAGAACAGUAAUUUGGGAAGUCUCUGACCCUCAAAAACAGAGGAAAAGAAAAUGUACAACAAAAAUCCUUUUUACUGUAAUUAUUGCUCAUUCUGAAUCUCUAUUAUAAAAAUCUGGCCUUUGGCAUUGGAUUAAGAUGAUAUUUUAUUAGAAGGGAGCAUGAUUCAUUGAAUUGAUGCACUGCAGUGUCUGUGGAAAGGAAAACUGGGAAAGACACAAAAGAAGCUGGGCUAUGGAAAACCAUUGCCAAACAAUCUUAAUCUGCACUAAGAAACAACAAAAAAGAAGAAAAUAUUUCCUAAGAAACAUCUAAGCAUAGCAUUGGAGCCAAGUGAAGAAUUAUUACUACAUUAGACUUUCAGAAAUGGGGCAUGCAGUGUAUGUGGUAGGAGAAUACCCUGUUGUUUUGAAAUUAAAGAAAAGUGCAUGUGUUCCACAUCAAAACUCAGAUCCUCAGAAGGCUUGUUUGUGUUCUGCUAGUUGCUUUUGCUCUAUGUCAAGAAGAAUAUUUUUAUUUUCCAGUUACCCCUCUCUCCUCUUUUUCAUUUUCAAGUUCACCAUUUCCUUGUGUUUAGUUCCUUGCUGUUGACUUCCUGUUUCCAUUCCUUUGCUCUCUGUAGUACGAAUAUUGAUUUUCAGGCAAUCUAAUUAACUGCUUUGCAGAGGUGAGUAAAUAUUAUUUUCAUGUUGUGCAUGACAGAAGCAAAGCAAAAAUUAAGUAGUUUACUAAUGUCUGUAGACUGGAUCAUUGCUGAGUAUAUUAGCACUGGAAAUCUUGAACUGCGCUGGAGUUCUUAGACAACCAUUUAAAGCUGCUUUACUUUUUGAAAUCUUUUGAGUUAACUGCGCAUCUUGCAAGACCAUCUCUUCCUUGUGCACCAUCUUGGGAAAGGGAAGCGCAGCAUGCUCCACGCGUUCCUCUGUCAGUGCCAUCCUGUGGCCACCCCUGCUGCUCCCCACCUGUGUCACACUGGGGCAAAUGGUCAGGGGAUCCACAGAGGCAUCAGUAUCUCAGCACUCACUUGCCUCUCUCUAAAUGUGCAGUAUUUGUUGAAGGUUGAGAUUUGCCCUUUUGCUUUUCCAUGCACAUCCGUGCAGUCUGCUUGCAUUAACACCUCCAAGCCUUGAAGUGCUUAGGCAACAUUUAUACAAAGAGUUAAACUCCCUUUCUCCUUGCAUGUUCCAUAAGAAGAAAUGUAGAAAAACUACAGGUCAUCCAUUCAAAAGUUUAUGUGACAGGCUUGUGCUCAGUUUUAGCAUUAAGCGUAAACGCAGUCUUUCUCUGUGACACUGGACAGAAAUCCCAGUGGAAGUUUUUCCUGCCUCUAACCUGUCUACUUUCUUUCAUAAUGAUAAAUGGUGGGAAAGCUUGAGGGAGGGGGGAAACUAUCUAAGCUUUGAACUGAUUGUGUCUGUAGAAGGAUGGAAAAGAAGAAUGUCGAUUCAUUUAAAACAGAACUUCUAUAUGGCUAAAAUCUGUGAUAUUUUUCUCAUUUUGAUCAUCUUCCGCAUUCUAGUAAGUAAGUUUAGGACUAAAUCAUUACCCAAAGAUGUCUCAUCAAGUAAGUCAAUGUGGCUACUUUUAUUUUUUACUUUAAACUUAAUUGAUUACCUUUCCCGCUUCCAUUUUGUCCUGCACAUAGUUGCUUGGUAGCAGUCACCUUUGCUUUCACUCAAGGUAUCCAUUGCGUGCUGACUGUUUCCCAUUACCUCUGAAGCACAAAGCAAGUUCAUCACCUUUCCAGGAUGUCUUGUGAUUGAUUCCUCAUGUCUGGGGAAAUCUGCUUUAAAGUUUCAGGCUAAAAUGAGUGCUUGGAUUUAGUGUGGAUAAUCAGUGGUUUAAGACUUAUUCUUCUUAUGAGCUAUUCAUCUAUUUUUUAGAUACACAACUAGUAUUAAAAAUAAUAUAACGUGUUAAAUUUAAAAUGUUAUUAUUCUCUCAGUAGCUGCUCAGACACACUGGGUAUGACUAAACUAUAAUUUGCAGAGUGUGUCUGUGUCAUCCGUCAAACACAACUACAUUCUGCCUCGGACCUAACCUGUGCACAGCAAAGCCAAGGCUGAAAGCCUUGAAAAGAAGAUCAGAGGCCUGGUCUUGCCAUGCUGAAAUCUAUAAAAGUUUUCCUACCAACUUCAACAGAAACAGGAGUAAGCCUUGUGAUUCUGGCAGGAAAAUCUGAGAAUAUUCCUUUACAACUCUCUGCUGAAUGCUGAACUCCAGAAUACAUUGUUGUCAGCCUUAUGUAAGACAGAGACUGUUAAGGAAAGAUAGUAGUUUUGCACAUACUGUUCUCUGCACAUGUUGUUCUUUAGUAAAUAUUUAUCGAAGGAUGCAUCCAUUCCUGCUGGCAGUGUCCAAGGCAUUGGACAAAUUUGGCCUGAUUUCCUGCUGUCGGUGCAAACCUCCCAACUAGAAGCUGCAUUUAUCAAGUUUUGUCUUUCAAAAUUGUUAAAAUCAUUCUUAUCCAAGUAGAUAGUGCUGACAAAAAUGGUCAUUCGAUGAAAUACUCUUCAAAAAAACCAUGUCCUCCAGCUUGUAAGUACAACUCCACUGAAAAUAUUCAUCAAAACUGUAACAAUGCACGGCUAAAGGCCAAAGAUUUGUAUUUGCUGAAAUCUAAGGAAAAUGGCAACAAAAAGAAAACCAGAUGAAAGCUUGUUGGCACUUGCAGGAUACUUGUUCAGACCUCUUACCCUCUACUAUUUGUCUGUGGAACUAGAGCUUUUUGACCUGUUCUAGCUACUCCUCCAGUUUUCAUUUCAGUGUGUCUUAUUUUUCUUUUGCUUGAACAAGUUUAUAAUUAGCAUCAAUCAAAAUAAGCCUUAUUUUAAUUGAUCUAGCAUUAUCAGCACUUUGCACUAAUUUGUAUACCCUUUUAUUUCCUCUUUUAGGCUCUGAGGUCAGACUCAGGCUCGGGGCUGCACUUUGGUGCACACCAUGCAAGGGAUAUGGUGGCUGAACAGAAAGGGCUCGGAUCCCAAAGCCUCAGGGCUUACUACCACUGGAUACCUGAGCUGAAAGCUCUCUCCUGGAGUGCAGUUCUUCUGCAAGAAAGCCUAAGGAGCUGCAGCUGCACCUUCUCUACCUAUGCCUGGUGUUUACAGCACGCCAUGGCUAAGGGGACCCUUGGUCAGCUCCUCAACUCCUGAUGGACGCACAGCCUGCAGCAUACCAUGGGCCAGGAGAGUCGAUAGUUUGGUGGAGACUGUUCCACCCGCAUGUGAAUAAUUAGCACUGCAAGGACUGUGAGGCCCCAGGCCACUGACCAGGUCAUGCAGAUGGAAAGAAGAAAUGUGUUUCUAAGCCCCAUGCUGGCUGCUAAUGGCAUACCUGUGGGAUGCUGGGAUUCUUGGGAGCAUUUCUCUAAACUUUGUGCUGUGAAGAACAGCUGGCAGUGGCAGCAGUCAGGGGCUGGGAGCUACCCAGCCCUCCUGGCACUAAGGAGAUGGCUUUGUGCAUGUCCCUGAAGGGGGGGGUGCACCUUUCUGGGGCUACAUGAAGGUCUGGCGGUCUAUGUUAUCUUUUGAUUAUUGAAAGCUUGUUUCUUUAAACCCACCAUGACUGCUGAAGCUCAGUCCCAGAAGCUGUCGGUCAGGGAUGCUUUCUGGUUGCCAUUACAGGGAGGGGCUCCCUGACAGACAGGUGUGCAGCCUCACUAGGCCUCGCUAGGCCUCAGUAGACUUCUCUAGGCUUUGCUAGGCUUCACUAGGCUUUGCUAGGCCUCGCUAGGCCUCACUAGGCUUCUCUAGUCCUCACUAGGCCGCAUCACUGCCCAGGCAGUUCUUGACUAGGCCGUGCAGACUGGCCCAAGUUUAAUUUUAUACUUCACCUCAGUUUAAGUACAACACAGGCUGCUCUGUGCCACCCAGUGCUGGUGCAAGGAGUGGCAGUGGACCUACCAUGACAUUGCUGCCUGAAGGUCUUUCUUUAGGGGAUCUGUUAUGGGUGCCUCCUGGGCAACAGUUUCACACGUGACGCUGUUUUUGUUUUCAAUUCAUGCUGGACAAGGCUUUUUGCUUUUGUUGUACUGCUCCCAGCAUUUUCUGCUCUUUCAUUUUUAAUAUUGAACCUGUAUUUUGUAGAAAGGAAAUCAGUCAAAACUUUAUUCUCCCCACCAGCAAGUCGUUGGCUCAUGACUUCUGUUACAUCCAACUAUCAAAGCAAUGAAAGCCCUCACAUCACAUUGAAUUUGGGCUGCCUCUUGUCACAGGCAAGUGUGUGGCACCUCCUUGGAGCAGGACCCUAAAUUAAAAUAUUGUAAAUUUUUUGCUGCUCCAGCAGUACUGCAGAAAUGCAAGUGGCCAAGGGGGGAGGAGAUUUUUUCCUCCUGCUGGAAUUUUUCACUAUAACCAUCCUCAGGGGAGUUCUCAUCUUCAAAAGAAACAUUCCUUCUAUACAAGCUGCAAAAAGAAUUAUUUAAUGACAUCAUAAAUUAAUACAGAGAGGCACAAAUUUUCCAAAAUGUGGAGAGAGAGAAAAAAAAAUUAUCGUUUGCCAAAAACACCCCAGCUCUUCCAGACUUAGGCCUCUCCUGAGCCUGGGAGCUGCCAACGAUACCAAACUGAACAGUGGGGUUUCUGGCAUGACUUAAGUUUAGCUUGUUUAAAUUUUGGCAAAUAUUCGUAUUACUCACAUACUCAGCAAACUGAUACAAAUAUUUGUUCUAUUUAGAGUGAAGUCCAAACUCACUGCUGGCACCACUGCUGCUGGACUCGGUGGAACUAAUCUUGCUCAUGCCAAUAUUAAAUUUGGACAUCUACCUUAAAGAAAAACAGCCUUUGAGGUACAGAUUAGAAUACAUCAAUGGAAAACAGAACUCAUGUGUAGCCAAGUUUUCCUCACUUGCUAAUUUUCGCUUUAAUCUGAUUUGAACUGGACCAAGUUUUUCUGCACUUGGGCUACUACUCGCUGUUACGAUGCAGCCACCAGGUCAGAGCUGGAGCUGGAAAAGCCUUCAUGCACGUGAAGUUCUCUGCAUUCUUGAGAAGUGAAAUCUGUAGUAAAUAGAGCCUGGGCACAAUGAGAAUACUUGAUUGAUUUUAGUGCUGUACAAGUUGUUUUUUUAAUGAUGCCUGCAGUUUACUGUUUCUAGUUUGUAAAGCAAAUAGACAACCAACCAACCAGAUGGGAAAUGCAGACCUGCCUUGGGGCUUGGGUUCCUCAUCUGGUCACACCUGCACAUUGCCCAUGAGCUCUCUCUGGGUUCGGAUUCAGAAAACAGGUUAGGCAUUUUGCAAUGAGAAGAACAAAAUGAAAACCACCACCCUUCCAUUCCUUAAUGCAGCCAAAGCAUGCCCCAAGGGCUUGCUGGCUUUGGUUCUGUGUUCAGUUCAGCUGUGGUUUGUAAGCUGGAUGCUGUUUAAUGCUAUCUAAAUGUUUUUAUAAAGGUCAGGUAGGAGUGGGAUCCUCCUAACUUAAUUUUGCCAUUUAGAAAUGGGAAAUCUAGUCUGACUGAGCUAGAUUCCUCUGUGAGUGGAAAAUAUCAGCACUGCACAAUGAUUCAUCCUAUUUUAAUCUGUCUGAUCUCUCUCCAUUCACUAUAAAUGGGGCCCGGGUGACCAGAUUAGCAUAUAUCCAAAUUUUAGACAUGUAUGUGCUCACUCAGCCUUUUACGGUUGACCCUGCAGUGGCCAUACCAGGUACUAUUUUUAUUGCUCUUGGAGCUCGUGGUGUGCUGCAGGGCUCUGCACGGUGCCUGCACAACUCCUGUGGCUCCCAGGGCAGUGAACCUCAGCUGCGAGCUUUGCAGAAAUGCUGGCAGCACAGCCUGCUGCGUGCAUCCUCAGCCUCAGUCUUCAAACCUGGAUUGGCUACAGCUCAGGGCUCCUCUGUACUCCCUUAACAGAAAGCUAUUGGGACAAUUAUUAUAGGAGCUACUUUCAAAGCUGCCUUAAAUAAAUAAAUACUGCAUUGAUCAACAUAAAGUAAACAACAACAAAAAAAGUUAAAAGAAAAGCAGUAAUUACUCCUUGAAAAGGACAUUAUUAUUGUUAGCCAUAUUUGUAAAACAGGCAAAAUAUCCCCAAAGGGGUCAAGUGUGCAUCUGGAGAAAGUGUGGGAUCAGUGUAAUUGGACAGUAGGAGGCAGAAGACAGAGCAGGCAUCCAGUAAUUCACCACAAAAUGGUAUUAUACUAGUUAUUGAAAUGCAGCCAGAGACAGAUAAUAGUAGUAAAAUGACUUUAUGUUCUGAUAUGUAAAAUAAAAUGUCCAUGCUAUGUAACAAACAGUUGAAAAUUCCACAGCACCUGUAUCUAAUGUGGUUUCUAAUAAAAAUUUAUCGGUAGUAUAUAUGUUUUUUAUCUAACCAAAUCUUAGUUUUUACAUCGAAGAUGUGUAAUAAAAAAAAAUCUUAAA